CUCACUAUUUCCUCUCUUCCUCGACAAGUUUGGUAAACCCGAAACACUCCCUUUUUGUAGCUCACUCUUUCUCAGUUCUCAUUUCAUUCCCAAACUCUUUGCAUCACAGAUUUCGGAUUCCAAAGACUAUCUUACGACGAUUCUUGUCUUUAUCUUUUCUUUUGUUUUUAGUCAAAUCAAAUCUCCAUCGUUUCCCAAUUACCCUAACUUUAUAAUCUUCAACGGCUAAGGUUGGAUCCAAUGCUGGAAUCUGAUACUCCCUCGAAAACGUUUCUCGGCGUUCGUUUUUGUCUUUUCGGCUUCGAUCCCGUCAACGAGCACAAGGUUCGGGUAAAGCUCAUUAACGGUGGCGGCGUAGGUGUUGGUCAGUAUAACCAGAAUUGCACUCAUGUAAUUGUUGAUAAGAUUGUUUAUGAUGAUCCUGUAUGUGUUGCUGCUCGAAAUGAUGGUAAAAUAGUUGUCACUGGAUUAUGGGUUGAUCAUAGUUUUGAUAUUGGAAUGCCUGUAGAUGCUACUUCGAUCAUGUACAAACCUCUUCAAGAUUUUAAUGGCAUUCCUGGUGCUAAAAGUUUAAUUAUAUGCUUGACUGGAUACCAGAGGCAAGAUCGAGAUGACAUUAUGACAAUGGUUAGCUUGAUGGGUGCUCAAUUUUCUAAGCCUCUGGUUGCAAACAAAGUCACCCAUCUUAUAUGCUAUAAAUUUGAAGGGGAGAAGUAUGAGCUUGCCAAGAAAAUCAAGAAGAUAAAGCUUAUCAAUCACCGUUGGUUGGAAGAUUGUUUAAGAGAAUGGAAACUUCUUUCAGAAGCUAAUUAUAGCAAGAGUGGUUUUGACUUAGAGAUGAUUGAAGCUGAAGCUAAAGAUUCUGAAGACGAGGCUGAAGAAACUGUAUCAAAGCAAUCUGGACAAAAAAGUUUGAAUAGGAGCCCUAAUAAUUUGAAAGCUGGAAUGCUCAGUUCCAAUGAGUUGCCCAAUUCAGCAGUUGAAGUGCCAACUUUGGCUAUGCCCAGACAUUCACCGAAUACCAAGGAAAUUUUAUUGACACCUGGCAAAUCUCAUCAAGGCACAAACUUCAAUAAUAUUAAUGUUCCCGAGCUACAUGCUUUUAAGGAUGCUGAUGUUCUCGGGGAUGCUAGUUUUAUUAAGUUAGCUGAACCACACAACAGAAGCCCAAAUUCUACAAAGGUAGAUAAUAGCUUGACAUCUACCUCUAAGAGCCCCUCUUUGUCUGAUGAGAAGUUUACUGCUAUAAGUUACACAAGGAAAACACCCAGGAAAUCACCAGCAAAGUCUACCCUCCCAAAUUUAUCAGGAGAGAUAUUAGGCAACUCUGGUGACUUUCCUCAGGGUAUUAAAUUCAAGGAUGCAUCUGACAAUUCUUCCUCUAAAAUGCAGCAACCAGAGGAAAGAAUCAGUUCGUUUUUUGUUGAAUCUCCUUUGAAAAGGGAUUUAUGUCAUGGAGAGGACUCAGCUGGUAUAUUGCCUCAGAAGAGAGCAUCAGAACUUUCCACCAGUAGCUCUAAAUCACAAAAGAUGAGUCAUAAUGCAAAAGCUGGCAUCAAGGGGAGUGCAGUUGGUAUUGAACAACUGGAACCAACAUCCUUGGUGGUUGAUCAACUACAUAUUAAAGACUGCUCAGUGGAAGGGACUGGUUAUCUGAAUAUUGUACCUAACUCGUGUGCUAGCAAUGCAACUGCAAAGUCCUUGACAAAUGAUCUUUCUUCAUUUAUAACUGUAACUGCAGAGGACAGACAAAUUAAUACUGAUGAAAAGUCACCCAAAAUGUCCUUUAGGGGAUAUAGGGAGUCCACCUUGGCAGGCAAGCACGAUAUGCAAAAUGAGAAUGCUGAUGAGAAGUCACCCCAAAUGUCCUUCCAGGGAUUAAGAGAGUCCAUCUCAGCAAGUGGACCAAACAUUGGGGAUUCUGGCCUGGGAAGAUGUGUACAAGUGGUUAGAGAGCCUGGGGAGCCACUGAAUAAGAAGCAAGAUGUUAAAAUUCCUUCACUUGAUGACAGAAAACUGGAGAUGGAAAAUUCCCAUAGUCCUGCUACCUUGGAUUUGCUUGAAGGAGGAAGUGAUAAGUUGGUGACAAAACCGCUUAACAAGAAGAUGCUUGCCAAAAAGACCUUGGGUUCUAGACCAAAACUGAGUAAUAUUUCUAACAGAAAAGGUUCUAUUUACUCGAGUAAAAUUGCCUCUGAAAAUGAUUCUACAAUUUGCUUGAGUGGGGCUAAUGAAAAAGCAAUUCAUAACAGUGCCAGUGAGCUUGAGGCAUCCCCUUUAACUAUUAACAUGGAAGCAGCAAAGGAUGUGGUCAAAAAAGUUGUCGCAGAUGCUGCUGGUAGUAAGGCUCAGUUCGUAAAUGAUGAAACUGAAGCUCCAGAUGAGGAAGAUGAGAAUGAUUUUGAGAAGACACAUGAAAAAGAGAAGUCCGAGCUGGUUGAAUCGGCAUGUAAAGCAGAUACUAUCAUAGAAGUGGAACAUGUCAGACAAGAUUCUAAGGUGGCUCUACAUGAGAGUUUAACUACCUUAGAGAAUGGGACAAAUGGAACUGAUCCUAAGAGGGCAGUUGGUAGCAAGAAUUCUGAGUUGGGUGAAUCAACUUUAAAAUGUGAUGGCUUGAAAAGGAAAGCAAGUAAAAGGAAGAAACAACUUUCAGGUAAAGCCAAGAUGAAGACUGUUCCUUCUGAAUCCAAAAAUGAUUUAAUUGGGGAAGAUACUAGUGUCGGCAAGAAUGUUGAGGAGAAAGAUGAUGAAAAGGAGAAUUUCCUGCCACAUCGUGUGGGCAAAAUAAACAGCAGCCCAGUUGAUCCCAAGGAGAUUGCUGGCAAAUCAGUUGUUGAACCCAAUAAAAUAGCAGUGAAGACUAAUGAUAAAUUUCGGAAGGUCAAUUCUAACACACAGACAGUUCAAAAGGUUUUCAACAGAUUUGAAACUGAGCCUGUAUGGUUUAUAUUGAGUGGCCACAGACUACAGAGAAAAGAAUUUCAGCAAGUCAUUAGGCGUUUGAAAGGAAAAUUUUGCCGAGAUUCUCAUCAAUGGUCAUAUCAGGCAACACAUUUCAUUGCCCCCGAUAUUCGUAGGACAGAAAAACUUUUUGCUGCUGCGGCAUCUGGAAGGUGGAUUCUUAGGACCGAUUAUUUAAGUGCUUGCAAUCAGGCAGGAAAAUUCUUGGCAGAAGAGCCUUAUGAAUGGCAUAAGAAUGGCCUCAGUGAAGACGGUGCAAUAAACUUGGCGGCUCCAAGGAAGUGGCGUCACUUACGGGAGAGAACAGGCCAUGGAGCAUUUUAUGGAAUGCGCAUUAUCGUGUAUGGAGAAUGCAUUGCUCCUCCUUUGGAUACAUUGAAGCGUGUUGUGAAGGCUGGGGAUGGUACUAUUUUAGCAACUUCUCCCCCUUACACCAGAUUCCUCAAAUCUGGAGUUGAUUUUGCAGUUGUUAGCCCUGGCAUGCCACGUGUUGAUUUGUGGGUUCAAGAGUUCUUAAAACAUGAGAUACCUUGCGUUGUUGCUGAUUACCUAGUAGAGUACGUCUGUAAACCUGGUUAUUCCCUAGAGAGACAUGUGCUAUUCAACACUCAGGAAUGGGCAGAGAAAUCAUUAACCAACUUGACGAGCCGAGCUGAAGAGAUUGUCGAGGACUUGACCACCCCACAGCCUCCAGAUGAUUGUGGGAGUAAUGAUGUAACAUGCCAAGUUUGUGGUUCUCCUGAGAGAGGAGAGGUCAUGCUAAUCUGCGGUGAUGAAAGUGGUUCUGUAGGUUGUGGAGUGGGCAUUCACAUUGAUUGUUGUGAUCCUCCGCUUGAAGAUGUUCCUGACGACGACUGGUUUUGUCCCAAGUGUAGCAGAAUAAGCAGAAACCGCGCUACGCCUCCCAGGAAGAGAAAAAAAGGAACCUCUCAAUCAAAGGGUAAGUGAUUUUUCAUUCCUCUUUGUAACCAACACCUCACAGCUUAUGGAACAGUUGGCUUACGUAUCAGUUUUUGUACAAUUAAUUUUGGGCCUUGUUGCCUAGCCUGUAUAAAUCUAGAAUUAGUCUGAAGUUGUAAGCGAUACUGAAAUAAAACUUCCUAGUUAGAAUAUUUCGCUGGCCCAUUUUAAUGCUGGAUGUUUA